CUUGUGGCAGUCAGCUGUUGGAUGUGCAGUGUUAAAUGUGUGUGUGUGUGUGUGAGUGGUUGUUGUGUGUGACUGUGUACCCAGCUCAAUAGGACUACGUGAGAGAUAACUACAGGAGAUUUUCCCAUUUGUUUGGUCCUUUUAUCUAAAGGAAUAGCCUACCGACACCGAUUGUCACGCGCUCCCCUCUCUUGGCUCCCUGUGUUUCAGCUCCCUGCGUUUCUGUGUGCUAGUCCAGCAGGUCUCGAGGUAUCUGGUCAGUGGAGUGAGAAGUAAAUGUGAUCUCCAGAACCGGAGCCUGCAGAAGGAUAACAUGGCCUUAGCCGGGUGUCCAGACUACUUCCUCCUCCAAUCUAACUUCCAGGAAACUGUGGACCGGACUUCCUCCCACAGACCGGACGGUUUGAAUGGUCAAGGGUUUCAACUUUCUGCCCAUCGGAACUCCGACCACCAAGAUGAUGUGGAUCUGGAGGCGUUGGUGAAUGACAUGAACUCCUCUCUGGAGAGUCUCUACUCCAGCUGCAAUACCCACACAGAGACGGCCCCGCUGCUGCACAACAGUCACGUGCACACCCCUCAUCACGGGCACGCUCCUCAUCGGCGCGGCCCUCGCUCCCAGCGCCCUACGCCCCCUAUUCCCCUCUCCUGCCCCCAAGAGAGGCUGUGUCGCUCUCAGCCCGUACACAUCAACGCCUUCAUGAGGCUCCAGGAGGAGCAGCAGCAGUGUCGUCCCUCCUCUCUCCCUGCCGUCAUCAACCCCUUCCCUGAACUCUGCACCCCCACUGGCUCUCCCAUCCUCAGCCUCAUACACACCACAGACAACCAUAUCAUCAAGGUGUACAGUGAGGAUGGAGCAGGGAAGGUGGUGGAGGUGCCGGCAGAUAUGAGGGCCAGAGACGUGUGUCAGCUCCUGGUCCAUAAGAGCCACUGUCUGGACGACAACAGCUGGAGCCUGGUGGAGCAUCACCCACUACUGGGCCUCGAACGCUGUCUGGAGGACCAUGAGUUGGUGGUUCAGGUUCAAGCCUCUAUGACCAGCGACAGUAAAUUCCUCUUCAGGAAGAACUAUGCCAAGUAUGAAUUCUUCAGGAACCCCCUGAACUUCUUUCCAGAGCAGAUGGUGGCAUGGUGUCAGGUAUCUAACGGCUCCAUCCCCCAGUCACAGCUCUUACAGAACUUCCUAAACUCCAGCAGCUGUCCGGAGGUGCAGGGGUUCCUCUAUCUGAAGGAGUCUGGCAGGAAGUCCUGGAAGAGACUCUCCAUGUUCCUCAGACGCUCUGGACUCUACUACUCCACUAAAGGAUCCUCCAAGGAGCCCAGACACCUCCAGUUGUUGUCAGACCUGGAGGACAGUAGUGUGUUCACAGUGACCACAGGGAGGAAGCUGCACAACGCCCCCACUGACUACCAGUUCUGUAUCAAGCCCAGUAAGGUGAGGAGUGGGUGCAAGGAGCUGAGGAUGCUGUGUGCCGAAGAUGAACAGAGCAGAACCUGCUGGAUGACUGCCUUCAGACUGUUAAAGUAUGGGAUAUUACUGUAUCAGAACUACAAGAGUCCCCAGCAGCAGAAGUCUCCUGUCUCACACUUCUCUACUCCUGUGAGGAGUGUGUCUGAGAACUCUCUGGUGGCCAUGGACUUCUCUGGCAGGACGGGACGCGUCAUAGAGAACCCUCUGGAAGCACAGAGUGCCGCGGUGGAGGAGGGACAGACAUGGAGGAAACGUGGUCACCGUAUGAAUGCUCUGGGCAGUCCCAGCCUCCUCCACCCAUCUUCUCUCAGCUCAGCGCAUUUCAAGCAGACCAUCAUAGUCCCUGCACCCAAGAACACUAAGGUAACCUGCCUAAAUGACUACUGACCCGAAGCUCUCACAUCUGUAGCCAUGAAGUGCUUUGAAAGGUUGAUCACAUCAACACCAUUAUCCCAGAUACCCUAGACCCACUCCAAUUUGCAUCACCGCCCCAACAGAUCCACAGAUGAUGCAAUCUCUAUUGCACUCCACCCUGGGACUAAACACCUCCCUCUGCAACUGGAUGCUGGACUUGCUGAUGGGCCACCCCCAGGUGGUAAGGGUAAGUAACAAUACAUCUGCCACACUGAUCCACAACACGGGGGCCCCUAAGGGGUGCGUGCUCAGUCCCCUCCUCUACUCUUUGUUCACCCAUGACUGCAUGGCUAGGGACAACUCCAACACCAUCAUUAAGUUUUCCGACGACACAACAGUGGUAGGCCUGAUCACCGACAACGAUGAGACAGCCUAUAGGGAGGAGGUUAGAGACCUGGCCAUGUGGUGCCAGGAUAACAACCUCUCCCUCAAUGUGAUCAAGGCAAUGGAGAUGAUUGUUGAUGACUACAGGAAAAGGAGGACUGAGUACGCCCCCAUUGUCAUCGACGGAACUGUAGUGGACUAGCUUGAGAGCUUCAAGUUCCUUGGUGUCCACAUCACCAACAAACUAUCAUGGUCCAAACACACCAAGACAGUCGUGAAGAUGGCACAACAAAGCCUAUUCCCCUUCAGGAGACUGAAAAGAUUUGGCAUGGGUCCUCAGAUCCUCAAAAGGUUCUACAGCUGCACCAUCGAGAGCAUCCUGACUGGUUGCAUCACUGCCUGGUAUGGCAACUGCUCGGCCUCUGACCGCAAGGCACUACAGAGGGUUGUGCGUACGGCCCAGUAUUUCACUGGGGCCAAGCUUCCUGCCAUCCCAGGACCUCUAUACCAGGCGGUGUCAGAUGAAGGCCCUAAAAAUUGUCAAAGAUUCCAGCCAAUGUAGUCAUAGACUGUUCUCUCUGCUACCGCACAGCAUGCGGUACCUGAGCGCCAAGUCUAGGUCCAAAAGUCUUCUUAACAGCUUCUACCCCCGAGUCAUAAGACUUCUGAACAGCUAAUCAAAUGGCUACCAAGACUAUUUGCAUUGUCCCCCCCCCCCCUUUUACGCUGCUUCUACUCUCUGUUUAUUAUCUAUUUUAAGUCGAUUAAACUCUACCUACAUGUACAUAUUACCUCAAUGACCUCGACUAACCUGUACCCCAGCACAUUGACUCUGUACCGGUACCCCCUGUAUAUAGCCUCGCUACUGUUAUUUUACUACUGCUAUUUAAUUGUGAUAUUUUAAUUAGAUUUUUUACUUAAUUCACUUUUUACUUAAAGCUGCAUUGUCGGUUGAGGGUUGACUUAAUGGAGUGUAUUGUUACACAAGUGGGAUAUGAAGCAGUUCCUACAUCUGUGGUUACCUCCCAUAUGGCACCCUAUUUCCUUCAUUGUGCACUACUUAUGGGCCCUGGUCAUAAGAAGAACACUAUAUAGGGAAAGGGUGCCAUUUUGGAUGCAGGCUGCUUGUAUCUCUGCAUGUGUAAAGCUGUAUAGUGCACAUCUUGUGUUUAUACAUUGAAAGCCAAAAAUAUCUUUCAGACACCUGAAACCUGAUGUU